AUGUAUUUAAUUAUUCUUGUAGUGCUGAUUAAAUGCAUGCUGAUUAAUUUAUAGUAAAAAUAUUAGUUAUCUUUAGUUACAGCACUGAUUUUGAUGUACAUAGAAAUUGGAUGAGAAUCACCACAGAAUAACCAAUCAAUUAAUGGUAUUAUGAUGAAUAAUCCAUUUGGACACUUGAUUACCCUCCAUUGUUUGCUUAUUUGGAGUACUUAUUUGGCAAAAUAGCAAUAUUGCUCGGAAUUGACUUAUACAAUAUCACAGAUUCAUUAGUCUGGUUCUAAAGAAUUACUGUAAUAGUAUCAGAGUUUCUUUACUUUUUUGCAGUCAAAAAGCAGUAAAAGUCAUUUACAAAGUAAUUCAUUGAUAUGAUUCCAUUCGGAUGCCUACUAAUUGAUAGUAUCAAAUACUUGUUAUAAUUAGAUAUACAUUUCCAAUACAAUGGAUUCUUAUAUGGUAUUCUGUUGUUCAUUUGUUAUAAAUUGCAACAGUAACAAUAUCUACAAGCCUCUCUAUUGUAUGUAAUAUUACUUAGCUUUAAACAUAUAUACAUCUAUGUAUUGCCAGCUUUUGGAGUUAUUGUGUUGAAAAAUUGUCAAAUUAAACAAAUCAUCUCAAUAGGGAUUUUAUCAGUGUCUUUGCUACUAGUCAUCUUUUUACCUUUUUAUUAGGACAUCUUUUAAAUAUUGAAAAGAUUAUUUCCUUUCCAAAGAGGACUUGUUCAUGCUUAUUGGGCUUAAAACUUUUGGAGUAUAUAUUGUUCAGCAGAUAAAGUGUUAGGAGUUAUCUUGAAAAUUAAUAAAGCUUCAACUGCUUCUGGUGUUGUUUAAGAAACAGUGUUUAAUGUGCUGCCUUCAAUAGGGAAUAUAACAACUUUAAUAAUUAUUGGAUCUUUGUGUUUGGUAUUAAAUUAAUAAAUGUUAGUUGUUGUUUAGAAAAAAGUAUAAGAAUGUAUAUGAUAUUUUCACAAUAUCUUCUUUAAUAUUUUUCAAUUUUGGGUAUCAUGUUCAUGAAAAGGCCGUAAUGAUUCCAAUAAUUUUACAAUUUGUUUAGAUGAAGAACCCAAAUUUAAUUUUUAUGGCUUCAUUUAUAAAUGGCAUAGCAUUGUUGCCAUUGAUUCCAUCAUCAUAUGGUAAAGAUGAUAAUUAAUUUAGAAUAACCAAUACUUAUAAUUUUGCUAAUUAUCUUUCAUAUAAUAUUUUAUGCUGAAUAUUAAAUCAAAUUAAACAAUGCAGAAAAAUUAUAUCUAUAUGCUGGAGGCCUGAUUAUUUUUUAUGAUCGUUUCCUCCAUCAUAUGAUUUUUGGAGGGAGAUUAGAAUUUUUGCCUUUGAUUAUGUAUUCCUUAUAUGGUAGUUUGUUUAACCAAUACUGGCUCAUAAAGUAACUAAGACAGAAAGAUGAUUAUUAUGUUAAAUUGUGUUGA